ACAGGCGCUCCUUCUCCUUUAAGAGGUCGGGACUUCCUGGCGAGUCUUGUGCUGUAUCAAAAUAGACCCGACAAUAUCGCAGAUUCGCAAGGGGUACGCGACGCCUUCUACAUCGAAGACGACAGUUCAUCGUAAAGCUCCUGAAAUACAAGGUUCUGUAUGCUGUACUGUUGCGGAAGUACAGACGCGGACAGCUCUAGCGGGGAGGAGGCAUUGAUGAAGACAGAAGGCGAAGGAGAACGACAACGUGAGAACGCGCGGCCAGAAGCUGAGAUGUACGGGAUGUCGGGUAUGCCGGAUCUUCUCCCUCCAACUGGCCCCUACCAGCCCGCUCCUGUCCGCUACGACCCGGGACACCCGCAGGGCAACGGGAGCGGGCUAAACCGCAGCCCGCUGAGCUUCGACUCGCCCCAGAGGAGGCUCGGACAGCGGGCACCGAAACUGGGACAAAUCGGACGCUCGAAGAGAGUGGUGAUAGAAGACGAAGACUUGGAUGACAUCAUGAACAACAACGGGCCAUUUCCCAUCUCCCUCAACCUCUCACCCGUCGCCUAAAAGGUCAAAAGGCCAUUCUCAGGCUGUCAGGCCAAACAGCAUCAUCAGCGCCGCCUUUUGCUUCUGGCAGACUCAGCUGGACACGCUGACACCGCAGCCGGCGGGCAACCUUCCCGCAACGUUCCUGAACUGUAGCAACACCGCGAUGUUGCGACAAUUCACGGCAACGUUGGAAGAAGGAGACUGUGACGUAGCCGGAGUCUGUCACUGCACGCGCAUUUGUUGUAUCUUAGCUACUGUUCUGCUUCGGAAGUGGGAAACGCAGGGGUUAGAUUACGGACCUCCUUUAGGCCGAUGGAAGUUGAGGGAGGGAUCACUCUUUAUCUUAUGAUAUAUACCUGUAUGAUUAUUGUAAACCACUUAAGGGCUCACUGCACACGCUCAUUAUAGCCGGUGAGGAAUGGUGCACUGUGGCGUUGCAGCGACAUUGCACCUUUCUGGGCUGUAUGGGUUUUUUUAAUCUCAUGAUUUUAACGACCAGGAUGAUGCAAAAUGUAACCAGUAAAACAGUCAGUCAGUGAACUGGACAGAGACAGCGUGGGGGAGGCGGGUGUCAAAACCGCUAAAACUGCAAUUGACAUAGUGACGGCAAAAUUUGCACUCUGACUCUCUGUCGAUAUUGAAACUGUCUGAAUCACCGGCGCAGCAUUUUGCGGCUUUGAAUGGAUCAGAUGCUCGUUAGAUCAGCAGGGGACCGCAAGGUUUUCUAAAACGUUUUGAGAUAUUGCUGUUUGUUUAUAUUACUAUGACCGAGCGAGAAUUAUUUUUUUUAAACAGACGACAUUGGAACUUAUGUAAAACAUAUCACAGUACUGAAGCAUUUGACUGUUUUGUGCGUAUCAGGCGUGUAACACGAGGUGUAACUCAACUUUCCUGUAUGCUAGUCACGUGCUUGCAGGUGUGUCGGACGGGUGGGGGUUAUAUUUAUUAGUAUCACUAAUAUAUGUUUGUUUGAAAUAUUUCAUAAGAUUUUGUAUGAAGGUACUGUUGUUGAAUGUGUUGCCAAUCCUCGUUCAGAGCAGAAAAUUGCCAGGUGGCCCUGCAAAAGUCACCUUUUGUAGACAGUUUUGAUGAGUAGGACUGGGGGCAUGUAGAGGGGUCAUUUUCUGCAUGUUUCCUGCAUUUCUGGGCACUCUUGUUACGGACAUACUGCAUGUUUGUUUUUGUUAUGUAAAAAUGCAAUUUAUGUAUGGCUUAACUGUCAUCUGCGUGUUGUAAACGUGUCUAUCUGGUGACAAAACUGUUAAAUUGACAACCCUGAGCUGCUCCGUAAUGUAGGAUAGAAAGAUGAACCUUUAGUGAAAAAUGGAACUGCGUUAUCUGUACCUCAGGAGUAACACAGCAUGUACUUACAAAAAUGUGGAAAUUGUUGGAGCACAUAUUUUCAUCAUAGUGACAGAAUUAUGAUGGUUAAUUAAUGUUUUCGAUUCACUCGCGUCUUCAAGCUUUGCACUUUUGGUCACCUGCAUAGUUCUGCAAUGUGCCAGCAGGUGGUAGUAAAAUCACACAAAUCAACAUGGCCUUUCCAGGCCUCGCAUUUGCGUUUGCCUCCUGUGGUGACCGAUUUGCUGUAUCUGAACAGUUCAGGUACGGACUGGAUUAAAAUUGCGUACAUUUUCACUGGCUUCUGUGGAUAUUUGAACCACAUCCCCAGUCACGUUAUUCUGACAUUCAAGUCACAAAUUUAAUAUUGAUAAACGCUGCACAAAGAAAAAAUGUCACGGAAAAAAAUUGGCCUUUCAAUUUUUUUAUUAACAUUUUCACAAAUAAAAUACAGCUAUAAAAUAGCUCUAUGUUGACAUGGGAAAGGAGUUAAUUUAAAUGCACACAAACUCCUCCACCUGAACUCUCCAGCCAUGACCGUAAAAAAAAAAAAAAAUUGUUGAAAGGGGCAGAAAGUAACCGCACACCAGGAUCAUUACAACCCACAGACACCUGGGAGGAGUUUCCAAACACGUGAUACAAAGGUACAAGAGUGUCCAGGCAAAAAGGCCACUAAGUGGGCAAUGUGGCUAGAGGCUAAAGGAAGGGACAGAUCAUCUCCAUGCCAACACUGAACCUGGGACCACAACGCAUUCUGGCUACUUCACCAUGUGAUAUAGGGCGGUACCCAGAUCAGUUAUGGGUGUUGUAGUCAGGCCCUGGACAGGACGGUGCUGAAAAUGACUGGUAGAUUACACAUCACAAAUAUAAAAAAAGACAAUUUCACAGUAAAAGCAAAAUGGGUGGGGGGGGCUCUACAGUUUAAAAAAGUAACUGUUCACAAUGAUCAUGAAAAAGUGUGGAAAGCAUUCUUCCCAUCUAAUGAAAUGUUCCAAUGCGUUUUGCAUUUUGUGGAAAAAAGAAACAGAACAAUGAGCUACUCUGUGUGCUGUAGGGACAGAGUACCACACAGGAACACUGCAUCAGAGGCGCCUGUGUUGGGACAGAGUACCACACAGGGACACUGCAUCAGAGGCGCCUGUGUUGGGACAGAGUACCACACAGGAACACUGCAUCAGAGGCGCCUGUGUUGGCACAGAGUACCACACAGGAACACUGCAUCAGAGGCGCCUGUGUACA